GCAGUCUUCGAUUCAGUUUGGAUUAAUGCUUCUAAUUUUUCCAAACGAUUUCUCGGAUCAUUUUCCAAAUGUUUUGUUUGUGAAUAGCAUUUUUUCGACGACUGCACAAAUCGGAUGAAUUUGCAUCCUCCACAUAAUCCUAAUUGCCAUAUGUGUGCAAAAUGUUUAAUUAAUGCAAAUAUGAAUAAUGCAAAAUGUAUUUUGCUAUCGUUUAUAUUAACGUGUUCGUAAAACGGAAGUUGAAAAUCCUAUUGAGUUUCCUCUGUUUUCAGUUAAAACAAAAGAAAAAGCAAGAAAUAAAAAGUGAAAAUAACGGAAUCGGCACACGGAUAGCCCCCAAAACUGGCCAAGCGCAAAAUUGGUAGCUGAUUCAGUUCUCUUGACUGAUUCAACGACGAGGACGUCCUGCCCAACAUAAAGCCUUUUUUUGGCGACUGUCUUAAAAAUUAUUUGAUACAACAUUUUGGACAACAGGACAUCGUCAGCAGGCAGGCAGUGCACGUCGCCGUGCUAGGACAGCUAGAGCAGCACAAGAAGUAGCUCCGAUAAGAAGAGUAACUUUAACGACACUCUAAGAAACACACACACACAGAGCAGACAAAAUGGAACUGCGUGUGGGCAAUAAAUAUCGACUAGGUCGAAAAAUUGGCUCUGGAUCCUUUGGUGACAUCUAUUUGGGCACAACUAUCAACACAGGCGAGGAGGUGGCCAUCAAAUUGGAAUGCAUACGCACUAAACAUCCACAAUUGCACAUCGAGUCCAAAUUCUAUAAAACGAUGCAAGGUGGCAUUGGUAUACCGCGAAUUAUUUGGUGCGGCAGCGAGGGUGAUUACAAUGUUAUGGUUAUGGAGCUGUUGGGUCCCUCCUUGGAGGAUCUAUUUAAUUUUUGUUCUCGUCGCUUUUCACUCAAGACGGUUCUUUUGCUGGCGGAUCAGAUGAUUUCGCGCAUUGACUAUAUACACUCGAGAGAUUUCAUUCAUCGCGACAUAAAACCUGAUAACUUUUUGAUGGGCCUGGGUAAGAAAGGCAAUUUGGUCUAUAUCAUUGAUUUUGGAUUGGCCAAGAAAUUCCGUGAUGCCCGCUCCUUGAAGCAUAUCCCGUAUCGGGAAAACAAGAAUUUAACGGGCACAGCUCGUUAUGCUUCUAUUAACACACAUCUGGGUAUUGAGCAGUCCCGACGUGAUGACCUUGAAUCGCUUGGCUAUGUUUUGAUGUAUUUCAAUUUGGGUGCCCUUCCCUGGCAGGGCUUGAAAGCUGCCAAUAAGCGUCAGAAAUACGAACGCAUAUCGGAGAAAAAGCUCUCCACCUCGAUUGUGGUGCUCUGCAAGGGAUUCCCCAGUGAGUUUGUCAAUUAUCUAAACUUCUGCCGGCAGAUGCACUUUGACCAGCGUCCCGAUUACUGCCAUUUGCGUAAGCUAUUCCGUAAUCUGUUCCAUCGACUGGGCUUCACCUAUGACUAUGUAUUCGACUGGAAUCUGCUCAAGUUUGGUGGCCCACGAAAUCCGCCGGCUAUCCAACAGGCACAGGACGGUACAGAUGGCCAGCAGGGUCAACAGGAUGCUACGGCCGCAGCAGUGGCAGCAGCAGCCGUCUCACAUCAGCAACAGCACAAGGUCAAUAAUGUGACCAUGGCCACGGCUGGCGGAAGUACACAACAGCUGCUCAGCGGAAGCUCAGGUGCAGGUCAAACGCUUGCCAUGCUUGGCGGAAACGGUGGCCAGCUGAUUGGCGGCGGUAACAAUGGGCUCAAUAUGGACGAUUCAAUGGCGGCAACAAAUUCAUCGCGACAGCCUUAUGAUACGCCGGAGCGUCGACCUUCAAUACGCAUGCGUCAAGGGGGUGGUAAUGGAGGAGGUGGUGGAGGGGGUGGUGUUGUAGGUCUUCAAAAUGAUGUACGAAAUGCUAAAUAAUAUUUUAUUGUUUAAAUAUAGAGUUAGAACACUAGAGAGGCGAAACUAUCCAAUAUCAUAAUGACGAAGAUGAAUCACUCGAUGACAAAACGAUAUUGCGUUUGUUUUGCAGACCUAUUGGACUUUCGCUAUGUAGAGAUAAAAAUCGGCAAAAUACACACAUAGAAUAUAUAGACACAUAUAUUUAUAUAUAUUCAAUCAUAUAUAUGUAUAUCUAUCUAUGUAUAUAUAUGCUUUAUGGCGGUAUACAUGUUUGAAUGUAAUACAAGGUGGACCUGGUCCCUUCCUCACCCAUCGUACAUUCAUACACACACCCACACAAAACACACAUGUAUACAUGAUUUUUUUUGUACAUUUUCAUUUGUUCUGCUGCUUUGUAUGUGUAGAAAGGGCUUAUUAAGAUUAAUAUAAUUAUAUAUACGUCAUAAAAUAUAAUUUUAGUUGAAAAACCUUUGUUGAAAGGCUGCCAGAAAGUAAAAACAUGAUUCAUUUGAUUGAUCAUGCAAGCGUCAAAAAAAUAGGAGGACAAAUUAAGAACAACAGCAGGCAAUAUAUAUAUAUAUUUAUAUAUAUAGAAUAUAUUCAGUUGAUCGAGCUAACGACAACAAGAAGAACAAAAUUAAUGUAAAGCAUAAAAACAUUCUAAACAUUUUGCUGUUGCAUUUACGGAAAUGAUAAAUCAAA